AUGGCUAACAAUGACGACUCUACCCUAUGUGGAAGGCUGCGACUUCGUGCCGUUUUUCUUCAUCUCGGUCUCGUUGCCGCCUGUACCGCUUAUAUCGUCGUUGGAGCUUGGCUAUUUCAAGCUAUAGAGCGACCUGUAGAGUUACAAAUAAGGGAAGAGGCAUUAAGCAAAUUCGAAAAAGUAAGGGAGGUAAGAAUUCCAAUUUAAGG